UAUCGUAAUUAUGGGACACGUUCGGGGGUUGAAAUCUACUGAAACUAUCCCACUCCCUAAACAGCUGCGUCGGGCCACUCUCUCACUCACUCGCUGCCUGCCAUGGCUCUCCGAACCCUCUUCACCAAGAAAGCCCUAACUCGAGCUUCCGGCUUGGGGCCCCUUGCUGCGGCCGCCGGGGAUCGGGGCCUUGGAUCGGGUCUCGGCCAGGCGCGGGGCCUCACGGCCGCCAGCCUCCCGGACCUGCCCUACGACUACGGCGCCCUCGAGCCCGCCAUCAGCGGCGAGAUCAUGCGGCUCCACCACCAGAAGCACCACCAGGCGUACGUAACCAACUACAACAACGCCCUCGAGCAGCUCGAGGCGGCCGUAGCCAAGGGGGACGCCCCGGCGGUGGUCCGGCUGCAGGGCGCCAUCAAGUUCAAUGGUGGAGGUCAUAUCAACCACUCGAUCUUCUGGAACAACCUCAAGCCUGUAAAAGCAAGUGGCGGUGAGCCUCCACACAGUGCACUUGGUUGGGCAAUCGACACAGACUUUGGUUCCUUAGAGGCUUUGGUGCAGAAAAUGAAUGCAGAAGGUGCUGCUCUACAGGGAUCUGGAUGGGUGUGGCUAGCUCUGGAUAAGGGAAGUAAGAAACUCAGCGUUGAGACCACUGCAAAUCAGGAUCCACUGGUGACAAAAGGUUUGCACAUGGUUCCUUUGCUUGGUAUUGAUGUUUGGGAACAUGCAUACUACCUGCAGUACAAGAAUGUAAGACCAGACUAUCUGAAAAACAUAUGGGAUGUGAUAAACUGGAAAUAUGCCAGUGAAGUGUAUGAGAAAGAGACUGCAUAAUGUUUGCUUUCAUUCUCUUCCCGGUCGUGUUUAAUCUCGAGGAAUUUUGUAUCAAAUAAGGUAGUUGUCGUGACAUGAGGGAAAUUACACUUCAUUGCUUUCAAUUAAAUCUGCAGUAUCUAUCAAUGCCCCAGGUUUUUCUCUUUACCAGUAGAUCUACUCAUGUAUCAAUUUAGCAACUGGAGUAUAUAUGGUACCUGUCAAUAAAUUCAUCGGAUUUCGGAAAAAAGGACUAGAGCCUUUUGGAAUUUCAAAUUGUGUUAUUCGGAAGUGCAUGGGGGCUUACAAAGUGCUACUGGUGAUUCCAGCGUGAUAGGAACGGCAAUCGCUGCUGCUUCCUAUGUGGUAUGGAAGAAUGUUGCUCUGAAUCUACUCAUCUUGCUCUACAGAUGUAAACUGCAGUUUGAUCCAGUUCUUUAUUUAGGCUGGAUAAGACUUAAAUGACUCCAUUUUGCUA